GUGGCUCUUCUGGGUGCGCUUGUGUGUCAGGGGCGGGCCGAACUCAGCAGGGCGGGUCUUUGGAGUUUUCAAGCACGUGAAGCAAUGAAAAACUUAACUGUCUACGGGUUUGUCUAUGGUCUCAACCACUGCCUUCCUCCUCCGCAAGCUUACUCUGCAGAGUUUAGUUGAGUGAAGUCUGAAGGGAAACAGUUUUUACACCCACGGAGACCAGAGACUACUGUUACUGACAACAUGGCAUCCUCGGAGCUUGCACUUUUGAGUGUGUCAGACAAGACUGGACUGGUGGACUUUGCCAAAAGGAUGGUGGAUGUUGGACUGUCCCUGGUCGCUUCAGGUGGCACAGCCAAAGGCCUGCGUGAUGCUGGGCUGGCUGUCAGGGAUGUGUCUGAGCUGACCGGACAUCCAGAGAUGCUGGGAGGCAGAGUGAAGACCCUUCAUCCCGCUGUCCAUGGGGGCAUCCUGGCCAGGAAAACCCCCACUGACAGCGCAGACAUGGAGAAGCUGGGCUACAGCCUGGUCCGAGUGGUGGUAUGCAACCUUUACCCAUUUGUAAAGACUGUCUCUAACCCGAGUGUUACGGUGGAAAAUGCCGUGGAGCAGAUAGAUAUCGGUGGUGUUACUCUGUUAAGAGCAGCGGGCAAAAAUCAUGCUCGAGUCACUGUAGUGUGCGAUCCUGCUGACUAUUCGCUGGUUGCCAAGGAGAUGGAGAGUUCAGAAGACAAAGAUACAACUGUAGAAACACGCAGGACUCUGGCCCUCAAAGCCUUCACACACACAGCACAGUAUGACGAGGCCAUAUCGGACUACUUUCGUGGACAGUACAGCCGAGGUGUUUCCCAGCUGCCUCUGCGCUACGGCAUGAACCCUCACCAAGCACCCGCCCAACUCUACACUCUGCGCCCAGCCCUCCCCCUCAAAGUUGUCAACGGUUCCCCCGGCUUCAUCAACCUGUGUGAUGCUCUGAAUGCCUGGCAGCUGGUCAGAGAGUUAAAGAGCGCCCUCGGCAUGGCUGCUGCCACCUCCUUCAAACACGUCAGCCCUGCUGGAGCUGCAGUAGGAGUUCCUCUGACUGAGGAGGAAGCCAGAGUGUGCAUGGUGCAUGACAUGCUGAAGGAUCUCACCCCGCUGGCCACGGCCUACGCCAGGGCAAGGGGUUCGGACAGGAUGUCUUCUUUUGGAGACUUCAUUGCUGUGUCAGAUUUUUGUGACGUUCCCACCGCCAGGAUUAUAUCAAGAGAGGUGUCUGAUGGGAUCAUUGCGCCUGGUUAUGACGAGGAGGCACUCAAGAUCCUUUCUAAGAAGAAGAAUGGCAACUACUGUGUGCUUCAGAUUGAUCCUGACUACGAGCCUGAUGAAGCUGAGGUGAGAGUGCUGUUUGGUCUCUAUCUCAAACAAAAGAGGAACGGAGCACUCAUCGAUAAGGAGUUCUUCAACAACGUUGUUUCCAAGGGAUCGCUCUCAGAGGACGCUGUGCGUGACCUCGCUGUGGCUACCAUCGCCGUGAAGUACACUCAGUCCAACUCUGUCUGCUACGCUAAAAAUGGACAGGUUGUUGGUAUAGGAGCGGGUCAGCAGUCUCGUAUCCACUGCACACGCCUGGCAGGAGACAAAGCUGAUAACUGGUGGCUGAGACACCACCCUCGUGUCCUGAACAUGAAGUUUCGCAGUGGUGUGAAACGAGCGGAGAUGGCCAACGCAAUCGACCAGUAUGUCAGUGACACCAUUGGAGAGGGCCCUGACCUUGCAGUUUGGAAGUCAAUGUAUGAAGAGGUGCCCGAGCCUCUGUCAAAGACUGAAAAGACCAACUGGAUCAGCUCCUUGAAGGCCGUGGCCGUCAGCUCAGACGCCUUCUUCCCCUUCAGAGAUAACAUAGAUCGUGCCAAACGGGUAAAUAUAAAACCUUUCAUAAGGUGUUUAUACUGUCUGCGUUUUAUUCAUACAUUGCAUGAGAAUGGCCUGCCGACACCUGCUGAAACACUAGUUUACUGACGAGCUUUACUAACGUUUUCUUCCCUCCGUGUGUGUGUCUGUAGAGUGGUGUUGAGUACAUUGCAGCUCCAGCUGGCUCUGCUGCUGACAAGGUUGUGAUUGAUGCCUGUAAUGAGCAGGGCAUCACUCUGGUGCACACCAACCUGCGGCUCUUCCACCACUGAAGAACCACCUUCUGAACACUUCUGCAGGUGUUCUUUCAACUCAACUCGCAGUUUUGCAUUAUUAGAGUCAAAUAUGUUUUCUAACAAUGCUACUCAAAACAUUCCUUUAACAUGCUCAAGUGUAGUGGUAACAAAUGCACAGUUUGUAAUACAUUUUCUGCAUUCCUUACUUGUGAUCCUAACAUUAGAGAGAGAUACAGUACUGUUUACGUUCAUUCCAGGUCAAUUGUUUGUGUGAAAUAAAUAUUGUUAAUGACAGUU